GAAAGCUAGGGUUCGCCGCCAUGGAGAAAAAUUGGGGAUUUGAGUGAUUUCUUUUACCUAAUCUUAAGUUUUCGCUAGAUCUACUACUGAUACAUGUUGGGUAACGCUUAUUUUGAGUAAUCGAAAACAAAAUCAAGCACAAUCGUGACCAAUUGGAGACACUAAAUGGUGGGUUCUCAUGGAAAUAAGUAUUUCCCUACUAAAGAUGGAUAUUUAGUUGAUAGUAACAGGGCUAAGAAAGAUACUAGAUUAAAUCAGAAGAGAGCAGAUUGUGUGUUAGAGGAAGACUUGGAUUGGUUAUCUCAGCUCAAUAAAUUUGAUGAGAAUGGCAGAUGCAUUCAAGUGGAUGAUGUAGUAGUAGAUGGAGACAUUAUUGAAGGUACUGAAGCUUUUCAUCCAGCAGUGCCUGUCCAAGUAAAUGCAGAUGAUAGUAAAGCUGUAAAUGUAGUUGCGAGUAAAGUUGUUAAUGCAGAUGCCAGUAGGGGUGGAAAUGUAAGGAAAGAUGCUAGUAAAACUGUAAAUGCAGAUGUCAGCAAGGGUGUAAAUGUUGAUGUAAGGAAAGUUGCUAGUAGAGGUGUAAGGAAAGGUGCUUUUAGAGGUGAAAGGAAAGGUGCUUGUAGAGGUUUAAGGAAAGGUUCAGUACAUGAAGAUGUGAAUGCAGUUCAAGUACAUGAAGGUGUAAAUGGUAGUCAAGUACAUGACGGUGUAAAUAUAGUUGGUGAAGUAGCUGAAAUUGUAUAUGAACAAGUGACAGGGUCAGUAAAUGUGGAUGAUUUUGAGGGCUUGAGUGAAUUUGGUGGUCCCAGUCAAGUUGAGGGAGUUACCCAGGUGGAGUCUUCACAGCCACAACAUUCAGUAGUACCACCACCAAUUAGACCAGACAUCAACAAUUGUGAGCCUAAAGAAGGUUAUCAUUCUGACUUUGAUGAUGAACCUGAGGAAGAGAACUUUCCAGAUAUAGAGGAGCAAGAAGAUGAUUUGCAAGAAGAAAUCAACAAAGUUAUGAGGUCAACAUCAGAUUAUAAGGAAUAUGUAAAAACCAGUGGAAGAGUGUAUGAGGAAGAAAUUAAAUAUGUGGAAUACAGACACAACUAUCUUAGACACAUGUUGGAUAGGACAGGAGUGGGCUACUUAUCAGCAUUGUAAGGACUACAUCAAAGAUCAACAGAUCUUCCAGAAUUAUGACAUCAAGCAAUUGAAGAACACCCAUUUCAAACAAUCAUAUGAGUGUGUGCACAAAGAAUCCCAAGGGUGUGAGUGGUGGAUAUAUUGCUCUAGAUUUAACAAGGUCAGCUUUAAGUAUAAAAGUGGCUUUUUUGAGCACACUUGUACCACUACCCAUGGGAUAAUAAAUCCUUUUGCAAAAGCAAGGUGGGCAUAUAGAAUGAUGUUGGAGAAGUAUAAAGCUCAUCCAAACUACAAACCAAAGGACUUCAUUUCUGAAAUCAAGUUGGCACAUGGGGUACAGAUCUCAUACAUGACUGCAUGGCAUGCUAUACAUCUCUGUAUUGAGAGGGUGUUGGGAAAUUUUGAAGAGUGUUACAGUUUUUUACCUGAAUUCUGCAAACAACUUAAGUUAAAAAAUCCUGUCAGUGUUGCCAUUUGUAAAAUUGAUGAGAAUGGUAAGUUCUUGCACUGUUGUAUAGCUUACAAGUGUAGUAUAAAUGGUUUUGUAAAUGGAGGUAGACCUUUAUUAGGGUUAGAUGGUACUCAUUUGAAUGGAAAGUAUAUGGGAGUGCUAUUAGCUAUCAUAACUCUGGAUGGAAACAAUGGUCUGUUUCCAGUUGCUAUCUUCUUGUGUAGAUCUGAGAACAAGGAGAUUUGGAUAGAGUUUCUGAAAUUAUGGCACCGUAUUUGAAGCAGCAUAAAAUGGCCUUAACCUUUAUCUCUGAUAGAAAGAAAGGACUAAAAGCUGGUGCUGAUGUCAACUUUAGUGAUGUGAACCACUACCAAAGGUUUUGUAUGAGGCAUAUAUGGAAGAACAUGAAGAAGUAUCAUCCAGGACAACACUUGGAGAGUUUGGCUUGGAAUGCAGCCAAGUCAUAUACCAGUAUUGAACUUGAAGGAUAUAUGGACAGAAUGGGUGAAUCAAAGGAGAGUGCAAGGGUGUAUUUGGAUGAGGAAGAGAUUGAGCAUUGGGCUAGAAGCUACUUUGAUUCUCCUGCAAGUGUGAGCACAUCACUAGCAAUUUCUGUGAAGCAUUCAACUCUUGGAUUUUGGACAUUAGGGGUCUUCCAGUAUGCAAGUUGUUACAGAAGUUUCACCUUAUGAUGAUGAGAUUGAUGUUUGAUAGGAAACAACAAGGUGAAGGGUAUCCUGAUGGAGGUGUUGUGCCAAGGGCAGAGAGGAUAUACAAGGAAAACAGAGAUAAGACAAAUUUCUACAACAGAAUUCCCUCAACUCAACAUGAAUGGUCUAUUGUGGAUGCACAUGGAAACAAUUGGAAUGUCAACUUGCAAGAGCUUGCAUGUGAUUGCAAUUAUUGGCAAGUGACAGGAAAUCCUUGUCCACAUUCUAUACAAGCAUCAUUCUACAACAAGAAUGCUGACUGGAAAAGGUUGCUUCAUCCUUAUCACAGUGUUGCCAACUAUAGGUCACAAUAUGUGGGUUUUGUUGGGACAAUGCUAGAUCAGAAAAGCUGGCCCAAGCCUCAGCCUAAUGAUGAUGGAGUGGUGGUCAAGGUUCUUGCACCACCCAAUGCAAGGCCUCCUGGCAGACCCAGACUACAAAGGAUAAAGGAUUUGAUGAAGGUGGUAGUAGUAAACUCACAAGGCAAUGUGGAAAAUGUGGGGUUAUUGGUCAUCAUAGAUCUACUUGUACAGGCUUAACAGCUGAAAAAAUUGCUGAGAGAGGAGAAGUGUCUACUGACUUUGCAGGUCCACAUAGGAGGAGAACAACUGGUAGAGACUUUGAAAGAGCUAUGCCUCCACCUCCUAGUGAGCCAAGAACCACAGCUGCAAAAGAUUUUGCAAGGACUGAACCAGCAACAUUUGGUCCAACUGUUGCUAGAGGUGCAAGAGGAAGCACUACAGGUGGAAGGAUAUGAGGUAAUAUAGGUGGCAGAAGAGGAGCCAGGUCAGCUGCAACAUCAGCAUCUAUACCAGCUCAACAUACUUCUCCAAUGUCAGCUCAACAUGUUUCUCCAAUACCAUCUCAAACUGCAUAUCAAAUGCCAGCUGAACACACUUAUGUUGAUGUACCAAGAGGUGGCAGGAGAGGAGGUAAUACAGGUGGCAGAAGAGGAGCCAGGUCAGCUGCAACAUCAGCAUCAAUACCAGCUCAACAUACUUCUCCAAUGCCAGCUCAAACUGCAUAUCAAAUGCCAGCUGAACACACUUAUGUUGAUGUAACAAAAGGUGGCAGGAGAGGAGGUAAUGGAGGUGGCAGAAGAGGAGGUGGUAGAGGUGGAAAUGCAGGUGGAAGAGUAGUGAGAGGUGCUGAAUAUCUGCUAUUUGGUGAAGAAGGUGCUAAUUCUGGUGAACCAACCAAUGUUCAGCCAGUUUGGAGGCCACCAGGCACAAGCAGUACAAGUAUUAGAGGAAGGAAAAGGAGAAGACCAACAAAUGCUGAAAAGAGGAAUAUGGUAUAUAGGAAGCACGGUUGAGUAGUUGGUGUGGGAUUGCUGGGUGAACAUGAUACUAUCAACUCACCAAGAAGAGGAAAUACACCUCUUUUUAGACCACCAAGAGUUCAGGUGGAAGCAGAGCCAGAAAUGCCACAAGCUAUACAAACUGACCACCAACCAACUCCUGUGCAGAACACAAAUGUAGUGAAUAGAGUUGAAGGUGUUGAAAAAGUGACAAUGAGACCUGGUGGAUGCAAGAAAAUAGGUGGAGGUAUAUUUUCUAGAUUAUCAAGGGUUGCACCAUCAACUACACAACCCAAAAAAGGAAAGAAUCAUGUAGCCGAUCAGUCUUCACCAGUUAGCAGGAGCAACAGAAUUUGUGGUGGCCUAGGUAAGAAGUUGAAUGGUCUUAGCAUUGACCUCACUGAGGAUGAUUGAAUCUCAUUCACUCUAGUAUUAGCAUUGAUCACAGAAUUUCAGUCACAUUAAACUUAGUAUCUAUUAUCAUCUAUUAUCAACACUAGUUUUAUUUAAAUGCUUUUGGACAUGUUUAAAUCAUGUUGUGUGAAUGCAGACUGCUAUUAUCAGCUGUUUAACUAUUAAUGCAGUU